AUGUGGAAAGGUCUUAGGCUUACACAAUCCCAACUUUCGAAGCUUCACUUCAAGGGGCACAAACUACAACCACUUGGUGUUCCGGCUUUAGAUUCUGUUCUAAACCAGUGGUACGAAUUUUGCAAGAAACCUCCCAAAGGAUUUGAAAAGUAUUUUCAGCCAGGAACUAGUCAGAAACAACAAAAGAAACCUGAAAAAGAUGCUUCGCCUGCGCCAUCUAAAUCUUCACCGCCACCUCCAAAGGCAAGUUCAUCUCAAGAUAAAUGGAAUAUCAAUAUGUUCAAUACUCCUGGCGGUAGGGGAACUGGACGUGGUGGUUACGAAGGACAAGAUCGUGAAAAAUGGAUUAUGUUUGGUGCUUUGGGUGUAGUCACUUUAAUUGCCUCAAUUGCAUAUUUUGAACUAAAAUACCGAGAAAUAAGUUGGCGUGAUUUCGUUAAUUCAUAUUUAAAGAAAGGCAUAGUUGAAAAACUAGAGGUUAUUAAUAAGAAGUGGGUGAGAGUAAGAUUACAACCAGGCACUUUUGAAGGGAAAGUAAUAUGGUUUGCAAUUGGCAGUGUUGAUUCUUUUGAGAGGAACUUGGAGAAUGCUCAAGGAGAAAUGAAUGUAGAACCACAAAAUUUCCUACCAGUCAUAUACAGAACUGAAGUUGAGGCAUCAAGCUUAACAGGAAUGCUGCCUACAUUAUUAAUAAUUGGAUUUUUAAUUUAUAUGAUGAGAAGAUCAGCGGACAUGAUGGGAAGAGGUGGUCGUAAGGGUGGAGGACUUUUUGGAGGUGUCAUGGAAUCUACUGCAAAAUUAAUCAAUCCAACUGACAUUGGUGUAAAGUUUCAAGAUGUUGCUGGCUGUGAGGAAGCUAAAAUUGAAAUAAUGGAGUUUGUCAACUUUCUAAAGAAUCCACAGCAAUAUAUUGACUUAGGGGCAAAAAUUCCUAAAGGAGCUUUGCUUACUGGCCCUCCUGGAACAGGAAAGACAUUGCUUGCUAAAGCCACUGCUGGAGAAGCAAAUGUUCCAUUUUUAACUGUCUCUGGUUCAGAAUUUUUGGAAAUGUUUGUAGGGGUUGGACCUUCCAGAGUUAGAGAUAUGUUUUCAAUGGCUCGUAAGCAUGCUCCAUGCAUUCUUUUUAUUGAUGAAAUUGAUGCCGUGGGUAGAAAGCGAGGUGGCCGUAGCUUUGGAGGCCAUUCUGAGCAAGAAAAUACAUUAAAUCAGCUUUUAGUUGAGAUGGAUGGAUUUAAUACAACUACUAAUGUAGUAGUGCUGGCUGCAACUAACAGAGUUGAUAUUCUAGACAAAGCCCUUUUAAGACCUGGCAGAUUUGAUAGGCAAAUCUUUGUCCCAGCACCGGAUAUCAAGGGUAGAGCCUCUAUUUUUAAAGUGCAUUUAACUCCGUUAAAAACAACUCUUAAUAAACAAAAUUUAGCCAGAAAAAUGGCUGCUUUAACACCAGGUUUCACUGGUGCUGACAUUGCAAAUGUUUGUAAUGAAGCUGCACUGAUUGCUGCCAGGGAACUGUCUUCUGACAUUAGUAUGAAAAACUUUGAACAGGCCAUUGAAAGAGUUGUUGCUGGUAUGGAAAAAAAAUCAAAUGUCCUGCAACCUGAAGAACGAAAAAUUGUAGCGUACCAUGAAGCUGGUCAUGCUGUAGCUGGUUGGUUUUUACAGCAUGCAGAUCCUUUAUUAAAAGUGUCCAUAAUACCCAGAGGGAAAGGUCUUGGAUAUGCCCAAUAUUUACCUAAAGAACAGUACUUAUACAGUAAAGAACAGUUAUUUGAUAGAAUGUGCAUGACACUUGGAGGUAGAGUAAGCGAAGAAAUAUUCUUUGGCAGAAUAACAACUGGUGCUCAAGAUGAUUUAAAAAAAAUAACUCAAAGUGCAUAUGCACAAAUUGUACAUUAUGGAAUGAAUACAAAAGUGGGAAAUAUUUCUUUUGAAAUGCCACAACCUGGUGAAAUGGUUAUUGAUAAACCUUAUUCAGAAAAAACUGCUGAAUUGAUUGACUCUGAAGUAAGGGUCUUAAUUAAUUCUGCCCACAAACACACAAAAGAGUUGUUGGUUCAGCAUAAAGGUAAUAUUGAAAAAGUUGCUGAACGUUUGCUGAAACAAGAGAUCCUUAGUAGAGAUGACAUGAUUGAAUUGUUAGGUCCUAGACCAUUCCCUGAAAAGAGUACUUAUGAAGAAUUUGUAGCUGGCACAGGCUCAUUAGAUGAAGACACUACUUUACCAGAAGGCCUUAAAGAUUGGAAUAAAGAAAAACAGCCUACUAUCCCACCUCCAGAAAGUAUACCCCCAGGUCCCUCCACAAGUAAAAAUUAA